AUGCGCAGCACGCGGGAGUUGGGGCUGGCGAAGCCGUUCGCCACCAGGGCGGCGCAGCCGGGGCACCACUACCUGCGGGUCUCAGUGGAGUUCCCGGACGGCGGCGUCCGCCUCAACGCCGCGCACUUCAAGCAGCUCAUCGUCUCGGCCCUGAAGGAGCUGCACGGAGAGGUUGGUGCAGCUUUGCCUGUUGAUGUUUUAACGUAUGAUGAAAAAACCCUGUCUGCUAUACUGAGAGUUUCUAGCAGUGGCUUUGUCAAGCUGUGGAGUGCUUUAACUUUGUUGGGCUCGUACCAGAACCGAAAGUGUGCCUUCAGAGUGGUGCAGACAUCUCCAUUCCUGCUCGCGUUAUCUGGGAACAGUAGAGAGCUAGUGUUGGACUGAAUACACAGAACAGUUGGUUGGACUGUAAAAAGCUUGAGAUGUUGGCACUAUUCAGAUCCGUGAUUUGUGGUGGGGAUUUCCAAACAGGCUGGAUGAAGCCAAACAUUACCAGCUCGUGUCUCAGAUGUCCAUUUCUAAGGUGUUUACAUGUACAAGUUGGAGAUAAAGCUGAACUUAAAAAAGCCUUUACACAAAGGGAUGUUGUUAGUUUUUCUGAGCUAACAGGGGACACUAACCCACUGCA